AUGCAACUGGACACCGCGUCCGUCCGCAACACGACGGCCCUCUUCGUCUUCCUCAUGCCGAAGGGCUCGCCGGGACACUCGAUCUUUGUAGAUCCCGACCUGGUGCACAUCAAGCGCCACCUGGAGACCCGAUGCGCCUGCCGGAUCUCCGCCUACGAUGGCGACGGUCUUGAACGGCUCUUGCGCAACGGUUGGUCCGCGGUGGCCAAAGCCGAUUUGCUGCAAUUCCGUGUCGAUCGGUCCACCGGCUCACACAACCCCUUUCUCAUGGGCCCCAUGUCGCCCGGCAACAGCAUCCAACGCGACGUGACAGUACAAGACGGCCUGUUGUACCGAGGCACGUGGCUCAUCCACAUUGUCUAUCACACCCAGCCGAGCCGGCAUCAUCUCUUCUGGAUCCUGGUCAACCGGUUCGCCGGCCAGUUGACCUUUGGCCUGCGCACCGGACCUCGUCUCCGCCGUGACAACGCUGCCGCCGGCCGUGGUCUCGUCUUCACCACGUUGGCCCUGUUGACCGGUCCCGAGGCCAGCCGGAUCGGCCGGACUGACCGGGACUCGAGUCGACCUUCACACUUCCACAUGCUCGCCGACGACGACGUCGAUGCCGAGGUCGACUUCGACGGCGACGUGGGUGCAAAGAUGCGCCAGGCCAAUCUGGCCUCGGUACCAGAAUCGAAGCUGAGGGGCUGCACUCGAAUGGAGGGUGAUGUCCACAAGGUGGAGGCGGCACAAUCACACAAUCGCCUCGACAAAGCCGCUGCAACACCCGAUGGCUGUGAGUGA